AACAAAACACCUUUAAAAAGCGUCCAAAUUUUGUUGUAUGAUUAAAAGGAAAAUAUUCAGAAUGUGCUGUAACCGCCUAAGUUGAAAGAAAUGACAGGACUUUUCUUGGUUGCUAUACUGGUUAUCGUCACAACUUUCAAAGGUUGUCAGAUAAACGGGGAAAAGACGCGACCCUUUUCCUCAAUUCGCUCUUUUCAACUCCACGAAAAGAGCUAUUUAAGUGUGACACACAAAAAGGUAUAUUUUGUCGAGAGAUUAAGUAAGUGUGUGCUGAACUGUUUGCGAGGAGGGUCGGCAAGAUCGUUUAACUUGACAAUUGAACGUAACGCAGAUGGAAAGUAUCUCUGUGAGGUUUUAUUCUCGGACAGGUUCCUUGAAAGGGAGAAGUAUGUAGCAAGCCAGACGUUCGACCACUAUGAAUCCCCGAGCGAGUGUUCUAAAUGGCCUUGUCGCCAUGGUAAAUGCAAAGAAAUCUACGAGCUGAAUGACUAUGAAUGCGUUUGCGAACAGGGAUAUACAGGAAAACAUUGUGAGACGGAUAUCGAUGAAUGCAAGAAUAAACCCUGCCAAAAUGGCGGCAUCUGCAAGAACUUACCAGGGAAAUACGAGUGUGCCUGUCCAAGCGGAACGACCGGAAAACACUGUGAAACAUUUCUUCCUGGACUACUGAGAAUUGGCGAAGAACCUGUUUGUUCGCGGAAUGAUAGCUACAUCGUCCAAUUUGUGCAGUCAUAUCAAACCUCUCAUGUCACGUAUUAUACCUAUGGAUGUGGAACAUGGAGCCUGAGUCGCUGUACGGGGAGCAGGACAUACUACGGUACCGCUUACCGUACACUCUACAGAAUUAACAUUGUCACCAAAGUGUUUUGCUGCCCCGGCUGGAAGCAGCACAAUACUUCGUGCCCAAAUGAAAUCAACGAGUGUGAUAGCAGUCCGUGUAAAAAUGGAGGAAACUGCACUGAUCAAGUCAACAAUUAUACAUGCACGUGUCAGCCAGGAUAUACAGAGAGAAACUGCGAGAUAGACAUAGACGAGUGCGCUGGAAACCCCUGUUUGAAUGAUGGUAACUGUACGGAUCACGCGAAUAACUAUUCAUGCAAGUGUCAACCAGGUUUUACGGGAAUAAACUGCGAAAAAGCUCCUCGAAGUUGUGCGUCCAUCCGAGCCCUCGAUUUCACAUUCAGCGGUGUCUACCGUAUAAGGACCCCUAACGGAUCCGGGGCUUUGAGCGAUGUUUACUGUGAAAUGACGAAGAUGGAUGGUGGAUGGACAAUGGUAUUCAAAGCCGUCUCUGGAGCUUCACCGCUGACCGCUUCUGCUUUGUGGGCCUCUGAUGUCACGCGUGACAUGGACAGUAACGUAUUCUCCGUCAUGAAGACAAACACAAGCCAUUACAAGAGUAUAAUCGUAGAGGAGUGGGAUGCCUUCGGACCGAGUGAGGUGCUUGUAAAUGCGUAUGUUGAGGGGGUCUCGGUGCUUCACAUGAUUUUCAACGCAAAGAAAUCCGACAAGAUGAGCUGGAUGCAAAAAAGUCGAGUUCUUAGUUCGUCGUGGACCGACCCAGCUCUGAGUGUCGCGAUUCUUGAGUUUACUCUGAAAGGGAUCUGCCCUGACUACCCUGGAGUCUGUCAACAGUUUGAUGUUCUUCAAAGCGGACGCGGUGGCUGCAAUUUAACAGCUGAUCAGCCUGUGGUCGACGUUAUGACUGUGCAUCUGCGCUGAGUAUGGUGUUGCUAAACAUAGCGUCGAAAUUACACAAAAAAGGAGAAGUCCAGUAUUGAUUAAAGCCGCAAUGUCACCAGUUCACUUCCGGAGGUCCGACGGAAACCUCGACCGUUAAAAGACAAAAGAAUCUAUUAGAAUCCAAGAUAUGUAACAUGACAUUCGCUCUAAA